AUGCUUUCUGAGGUGGGAGAGGAGCAUUUCCAGUUUGUGGCCCUUCCUUUUGGCAUGGCGCCUGCCACUCCCAUUUUCACCAAGGUUUUGGCUCCGGUUCUUGGCCUGCUGAGACAGCGGGGGAUCGCGAUUGUGGCAUACCCAGAUGACCUUCGUCUUCGGGCAGAGUCUCGUUCGGACCUGGAUGCCAAUCUGGCGGUGGCAAUAAACACAUUGGAGGCGGAUUUUAAUGUCCAGAAAUAUGUCCUGUUGCCAUCACUUCGGCCUGAUUCUAGACACUUGUCUCGCCAGGGCGCGAUUUGGGCCUCGAUCUACACGUGCAUGCAGGCACUCGGACUAAUGUUUUCUGCGUGUGAGGCAUUUCCAUAUGCACAAUACCACACACAGAUUCUGCAGCGGGAGAUCCUUUUUCAGUGGGGCAAGUCGCUCUCGUUGCUUGACAGGCAAAUGUGGGAGAGGCGGUUGGUCAAGACCUCUCUGAGUCUUGAUGAAGUUACUAAGAGUGAUUUUGGACGCAAGAUCCGAGAAGGGGUUGAGGAAGCCGCAAAAACUGCCAAACAUUCGGCUGAGUCAGUUACAAAAGGAGGAGAAAAGCUUGGAAAGACAGCUGCCUUCAAAGUAAUUUCUCAGGGGGUUGAAACUGUAAAGAAAGAAAUUGAUGAAAGUGUUUUAGUCCAAACGGGCUCCUAUCGUCCGCCUUCUAGAUUGAGAAAGAGGAGUGAAUUUUCUGGAGAAAAAUCAAAAGAAGAAAAGAUUUUUGAAGCAAAUGCGGAAGCAUUGGGCAUGGUAUUGCAUAAGGAUUCUAAGUGGCACCAGCAAUGGAAAGAUUUCAAAGACAACAAUGUGGUAUUUAACAGGUUCUUUGAAAUGAAGAUGAAAUAUGAUGAAAGUGACAAUGCAUUUAUCAGGGCUUCACGCACCAUUACAGACAAAAUUAGUGAUCUAAUAGGUGGAAUGUUUUCCAAGACAGAAAUGUCAGAGGUACUGACAGAAAUUUUAAAGGUUGAUCCAAACUUUGACAAAGAUAAGUUCUUGAAAAUAUGUGAGAAGGAUAUAAUACCAAACAUAUUAGAGGCUAUGAUCAGAGGUGAUCUUGAUGUCCUUAAAGACUGGUGUUAUGAAGCGACAUAUUGUCAGUUGGCACAUCCUAUUCAGCAAGCCAAAACAAUGGGCCUACAGUUUCACUCCAGGAUCCUGGAUAUUGACAACAUUGAUCUACCAAUGGGAAAGAUGAUGGAACAAGGUCCAGUUCUCAUUAUAACAUUCCAGGCUCAAAUUGUUAUGGUUCUCAAAAAUCAGUUAGGAGAGGUUGUAGAAGGAGACCAGGAUAAAGUUUUGCGUAUGCUGUAUGUGUGGGCACUCUGCAGAGACCAAGAUGAACUUAAUUCUUAUGCAGCUUGGAGAUUAUUAGAUAUAUCAUCUUCUGCCUCUGAACAAAUCCUCUGAAAAUCGUGUUGUUCCUAUUUAAAGAUAGACUUCUAGAUAAGCAAAUAUUGUCAAAAAAUAACA